AUGAGCACCAUGCUAGCGAUUUAUCGGCACAGCUUCCCCAAGCGGCUGCGCUUCGACAGGGCGAGUCAGCUGCUCUACGCCCAAUGCUACUCGAUCAACAAGCGGUACAGGGGCAGAAAGUACAUUCCGCGCAAAGUCAUACGCGAUGUGUUGGACAGCUACGUCCCCAUGCCAGGCGCACCAUGGCUACAGCUGCCGAUUGUGCGCCACGUCCUGCUGAUCCGCCUCAUCAACGGCAUUCGUGGGCUGCAAGGUGGAAAGUCGUGGCUCUACAACCGUAGUGUGGAGGAGGAGCACCGCAAGAUAGCGGAGUGGCUCGGCAAGGCAGCGAAGACGUUCCCUGCUCACCGCGGCACCUUCGUUGCCCACGCGUCGACCUCGUCGAGGCAAGGCAGUGCUGCCGCACAAGCCAUGCUGGAAGCCGUGGUGGAGCGCGAACAAUUCGAAAGGGAGGUCCUGCGGAAUUUUCACGUGGCAACCAUGUACCAGCGCACGAUGCGCCUGGGCUUUCUGCUGGUUGUGGUGCUGUGCUGCCUCGUGUACGCCUCGCUUCACACGGACAACCUCGUGUACUGGUACUUCCGCUACUGGCGGCGCUACCGCCGGCGCGAGAUCAUGGAAUACUUCCGUGGCAUCACCCUGCUACACACCGUGGCGGAGGUGCCACCAGCAUACGCUAGCCUCUUGCCACCGCCGUGCGUGCGGUACAACGACGCCGCAGGGGACGCCUGCUACGCGGUGAACAUGGUUGAGAUGGUGCUGCCGCAGCACAGCGUCACCGUCAUUGUCAUUCCGUGUCCGCAGGCCGGCGAGAGAGUGUUCUUUGCUCAAGUCGGAUCCAUCGCGGAGGUCUGUGACGGCAUCAUCAUGGAGGGCGUCAGCUUCGACAAGAUCGACAAACUCGUACCAGCAGCCUUCUUCCCGCUCAAGAGCAACACGUUCCCUGCACUUGGGCUGCAUCACCGCUUCCUCGACAUAUUGCGCAACAGCUCUGCGGAGCCGCCGAUGCUGUAUCCGGCAGGCGCUGAUGUGGGGUGGGGAGCCACCAUUAUGCGAGCUGUCAUCCCGUAUGAGCUCCGCUGCAUCUACAACCCUACGGAGUUGUCGGCAACGAAGGGUGAGGCACAGAUUGGCUGGGGCCAUGUGCGACAGGUGGUGGAGGAGAUGAUUGCGGACGCGGCCGCGCAAGGGGGUGGUGAGAAGCGCGUGCUUUGUCUGCCGUGGACUCUAAACCAAAUCGUCAACAUCGAGGCUAGUCUUGUGAAGUACGGCUUCAAGGUGCGCAACGUGUACCGGUUGCACUGGCAGCGAGAGGAUCACAUAGGCGAGCAUUUCUGCGACUACUUCUCCAUCCCUGACUGA